GAAAAACGCCAAAGUCAUCGUCGCGGCUCAUCGUCCAUCGUUCCGAAAGCCACACAAAAAAAAAAAACGCUGCAGCUGCAUUCGAUUUUGUCCCCGUUGUUUGCUUGUGCAGAUUCUACGGUUCCGGAAGUUCGAACGUAAGGGAAGUUGAGUCAAGUUUUGCUAGGUAGUUUGAGCUGUAAGUCACACACUAAUAGAAGAAAUGGAUCGCCUGCUGCGACUUGGUGGCGCUAUGCCCGGAUUGACCCAGGCCCCGCCGACGGACGCUCCGGUCGUGGACACGGCCGAGCAGGUCUACAUCUCGUCGCUGGCCCUGCUCAAGAUGCUGAAGCACGGUCGGGCCGGAGUGCCGAUGGAGGUUAUGGGACUGAUGCUGGGAGAGUUUGUGGACGAUUACACGGUGCAGGUUAUUGACGUGUUUGCGAUGCCCCAGACUGGAACGGGAGUGUCCGUCGAGGCGGUUGAUCCGGUGUUCCAGGCUAAAAUGUUGGACAUGCUGAAGCAAACGGGUCGGCCGGAAAUGGUCGUCGGAUGGUACCACUCGCAUCCCGGCUUCGGUUGUUGGUUGUCCGGCGUGGACAUCAACACGCAGCAGUCGUUCGAGGCCCUGUCCGAGCGUGCCGUGGCCGUCGUCGUCGAUCCAAUCCAGUCCGUCAAGGGCAAGGUCGUGAUCGACGCGUUCCGACUGAUCAACCCGAACAUGCUGGUGCUGGGCCAGGAACCGCGCCAGACCACCUCGAAUCUGGGUCACCUCCAGAAGCCCUCCGUUCAGGCGCUGAUCCACGGCCUCAACCGCCACUACUACUCGAUCAGCAUCAACUACCGGAAGAACGAACUCGAGCAGAAGAUGCUGCUGAAUCUGCACAAAAAGUCCUGGAUGGAUGGACUUACGUUGGCCAACUACCAGGAGCACUGCAGCAUCAACGAGAGCACCAUCAGCGAAAUGCUCGAGCUGGCCAAGAAUUACAACAAGGCCCUGGAGGACGAGGAAAAGAUGACGCCGGAGCAGCUCGCGAUCAAGAACGUGGGCAAGCAGGACCCUAAGCGGCAUCUGGAGGAGAAGGUGGACACCCUGAUGUCGAACAACAUCGUGCAGUGCCUCGGUGCGAUGCUGGACACGAUCGUGUUCAAGUAGGACCUGAAAUCGGGCCUGGCGGCACUUUGAUCAUAAUAACGCGCUAUUUGUGAAAUUAAAUCAUUAAAAAAAA